GUAAUGGUAUGUAACGAGGCUAACAAUAAGUGAUAAUGAUAACGCGCUCGCGUGCGUAAGCGCGCAUAUAUUCACGUACGCUGCGCAGAAAGACAAGUCGUCGUGGACGAUCAUCUACCUCUAGGCGAAUCCAAUCCAUCCGGUGCUUUUAAUUACUAUUACAUAAUCGUGAUUAUGUUCACCCUCCGUCCCAAGUCCUCUUCCGACUGGCUCCGUUUGCAACAACAAUGUCGCUCGUCAUUUCAGAAUUUUGUUCAACUCUUAUUUCUUAAGGCAAAAGAGUCGUCGUCGUCGUCGUCGUCGUCGUCGCCGCCGUCGCCGCCGUUCAUCUCACAACGAAAAAAAAGAAACUAACAGCGAAAAGAAACUGACCCUGGAUCAAGUAACAGCUCGAUCGACAAUGCCUCUUCCAAAUAUUUGGAGAAAAGCGAGCAACUACAUCCUUGGUGAGUGCGGCCAGGACAACCGGCGCGUCGUUUAUCAAGACGGCGAGGCAUUAUUCUGCAAAAAUAACGUCUGCGUGCACCCUCCCACGUUGAUGAGACAGCACGCCGACGUGGUGCAUCAUCCUGGUUACAUGACUAUAACUUGCAAGCUGAACAACAAUUCCAACAAUUUGCCAAUACCGACCUUGCACCUAAGUUGGAUACCCAACAGCACGUUGCGCAAACAUCCUACGGCGUUGGAGAACCUGAGUAGCAGGAACGCGGCCGCAACCUGCCCGAGUUCCCGUAUCCCGACCCCCGGCCCGGGGAAUUCCCUCAACGUUUCGGAUGUGAGACGCGAGCUGGAGAACGAAAAUGAAAAUGAACAUGAACAUGAACAUGAACAUGAAAAUGAAAAUGGUACCGAGAACGAUAACGGAAAUGGGAAACUAGAUGUGUGCUUGGAGGCAAAGGAGCCCGUCGAUUGCGGAGACUGCGAACGCGUUUGUUCCAGUUCCAUCUGUCGUUCCAGUUACGCCUUUUCACCUCACCGAAACCCAGACAUCACUCUCGAUCGCAACGACGAAAAUGCCGCCACCGCUAUCGAGACCGAGACCGAGACCGAGAUCGAGAAUCGUCCGAAUCGAGCGGACUCGAGCAACGAAAAGAGCGAUGCUGGAGAUCGACUGCUGAAAGAGCGGGACUGUUUUAACGAGAUCGACGAGGAGCCACGCUUCUCGUACCGCGACGAUGUCAGCGUAAAGAGUCGCAGCUUGUCGUUAACGUCGACGUGCAGUUGGUCCAUCUCGAUAUCCACCGAUGCGGAAGAAAUGCCGUCGUGGAUGAGGUCUCCGGAACUCCUAGCGUUACAACACAAUCUUGUCUUUCCGGAGAGCGCGACCGCAUCGCCUGUGACGUUGCGUAGAGCACAUCGAUGCAGAAGGUUCUCGGUAGAUCUCAGCGAGAUGCGAUCCUUGCGGCUGUUUUUCGCCGAUCCUGCUUGCACCUGCGGUCAGUUGGUCGUCGCGAGCAGGGAGAGUCAAUACAAGAUCUUGCAUUUCCAUCACGGUGGCUUGGACCGGCUAGCCGCGAUUCUACAUCAGUGGCAUCAACUGCUUUAUCCGCGUUUAAACACCGACACGGAAGAGACUUUGCCGUACAGGCAUUUUAUGGUAUGUCGGCCGGAAGUAAGCCGAGACGAGCUGCAUCCCGAGGAGGGUCAAGUACCGAUGAUCACGUCGCUAGCUUGGAAAGAUUUAUUGAACGAACGGGGCCAGAUGGAGGACGACCUCGCUCUUCGUAAGGGAAUAUUUUUUGGAGGUUUGGAACCAGCGUUACGAAAGAUCGUUUGGCCUUUCCUGUUGCACUGUUACUCUUAUCAAAGUACGUACGAGGAUAGAGAGCAGAUCGACGCCAUUAGACAGCAAGAGUAUGAAGAAAUACAGAAACGCAGACUGAACAUGAAUCCAGAGCAAGCCGAGCGUUUCUGGCGAAACGUAGUGUGCAUAGUGGAGAAAGAUGUUGUUCGCACGGAUAGGGCUAAUCCAUAUUACGCCGGUGAGGGUAAUCCCAAUGUCGAAAUAAUGAAGAAUAUUUUACUCAAUUACGCGGUAUACAAUUGCCGCUUGGGUUACACUCAAGGAAUGUCCGACCUCUUGGCUCCAUUACUAGCCGAACUCAACUCUGAAAUCGAGGCCUUCUGGUGUUUCGCGGGUUUGAUGCAAAGAUCGGUAGCCGUGUGCACUCCGACGGAUACAGAUAUGGAUAGAAAUCUGUGCUAUCUUCGAGAAUUAGUAAGAAUCAUGGUACCAGAUUUUUACACGCAUCUUCAAAAACACGCGGAUGCCUUGGAGCUUCUUUUUUGUCAUCGAUGGAUACUCUUAUGCUUAAAGAGAGAAUUCCCAACCGAGAUUGCGUUGGUCAUGUGGGAAGCCUGCUGGGUCAAUUAUUUAACAGAUCAUUUCCACUUAUUUCUUUGCCUCGCUAUAAUGUGCGUUUAUGCGGACGACGUGAUCGCCCAAGAUCUUCGAACGGACGAAAUGUUGCUGCAUUUCAGUUCAUUGGCCAUGUACAUGGAUGGGAACAUUAUACUUAGAAAGGCACGAGGCUUGCUUCAUCAUUUCCGUCAACUCGUGCGAUUACCUUGCACAUUAGCCGGACUAUGUCGACAAUGUGGUCCAGGAAUGUGGGACAGCGCGCAUGAUCCGGUAAUAGAGUGUGUAGGUCACGAGGAUACGCACUGUCCCUAUUUAAAUAAUUACGAAUAAUUGUCUAAUUUAUAAAAGAAGAAGAAGAAGAAGAAGAAGAAGAAGAGAGCUCAUCAGUAUUACUUGACGUACAGAUUAACUCGUUUCGUCGAAUUAAUAGAUAUAUAUUAUUAAAGUCCUUGUCCUCUGCACGGAUUUUUCUUUAUAACAAACUUUGAUUAGUAGUUAGUCUAUAAAGAGUCUCUUGUAAACAUUAAUAUUUAUAAAAUAUAACGAAUCUAGCCAUUAUGCUCUCUGGAUCUACACAUGCGCAUAUAAAUUCUGUUGUCACACGCGACGAUAUGUGAUAUAUAUUUUUGUCUUUGUUCAAGCUAUUCGAAUUUUUUUUUUAAGUAACCAAGAAAAAAAGAAUAAGAAUGUGUAGCCUCAAUAUAUUAAUUACUCAAUAAUAUUAAUUACUACGUUAUAUGUAACACGCACACACAUGUUGAUAUCUCGAUUUAAAUCAAUGCCAAAACACAAAGACACAUAUCUCAAAAUACAACAAUUUCAAAUCAAGUUGACUAUCAGGUAAAAAAUAAGUUUACAAGACUUUGACAACAUUGUAUAUCAAUAGAUAAGUAUGUGCAGUAUUCGUAAUAUUCAAGACUGACGAAUGGAAAGAAAGGAUAACUAGUACAAAUUAAUUUCCAAAUGUACGCAGCUUGGAGAUAUCCAUCAUCUAAUAUCUCACUCAAAUAUCUCAAUUUAAUUUAAUCUAGUAAGAAGCUCGUCCGUUGGAAACCAAAAGGAUAAAUCAAAUAGUCUACAUACAUGUACACGAAAGUGCUAUUUAUUGUAAAUAUGUACUCGAAUUGUGCAGGGUAUACAUUACCUAAUAGCAUAUAUGUUCACUCCAAAGUGUUCACUUGCGUUCGUAUACAUAUGACACCGUAUAUGAUUCUCGUACACGUAUGUGUAAUUUUACGUACGUAAAAAAACAGCGUAUUUUUUUUUUUUACUUUUCCUUUCACAGCUUGAGAUGCAACGUGACAAAUUUUCGCUUAUUGAAAAUUGAUGAAAUGUAAUCUUUUGCUAAGCGCACAGGUUGCACCUAUACCAUUGUUACCUCUCGGAAUUUAUUCGAAAACAAAUACAAAAUUAUUGUGAUAAGUUAAUUUCCGAGUAAUUCACUAAUCUCUUUGAAUAGAAUACUAAUUCGUCCUUUGUUUAUUACAAUUAUUAUUAUAUAUAGUCUAUUGUCACGAUAUGCGAGAUAUGCGUAAAAAUAAUAAAGUUGCUUUAUAAUAAUCAAGAUUUCACAGAUACUGUGCUUAAAUAACAAAGACAUUCCACGCUAAUUCACUUGAUCAAGGACAUAAAAUUUUAUCAAAAAUAUUAUCGCGCUUUUAUCGUACUGUCUGGUAUCGUUGAAAUCUUAAAGAGAAAUAUAUAUCUGUUAAGAAAUAUAGAUCUGUUUCAUGCAGAUCUCUCAGUUUAAAGUAAAUACAAGGAUGUAGAAAUGUGUAUGUUUGCGCGCACGCGUGUGCUGGUGCGAAUAAAUUGAUAGAGGAACUUGUACAUACGAUCAACUAUUUAUUAUUAUCCAUUUCAGUUGCUUUUUGCGCGCGCUUAUUUGUAUGCGCGCACGGCACACAUGCUCGCGCAUAUGCACAUAGUUUACAAUAUUCUUUAUUAUAUGCUACAUUCGUAUCCUGUGUAUCUGUAUAUACAUACAAGAUCUGUUUUUUAUUGAUGCACUUUCUAAACUAGUACACACAAUGCAGCAAUAAGAAACAGCAGACCUACAAAUGUGACGGACGUACUGCAAAUACCUUUUUGGCAGUUUCACAUACGUAUUUCGUACAAAAA